CUAACCUCUCUGUCGCAGGAGUGGGAACAGCUCAUUGUUCGGCUGGACAUCUGGCAUCUGAUGCGCCGCUUCGCAUCAGGUGUCACCACAGAGAGCCACGAGCUGUAUCCCACCUUCAUGAGGCAGCUGUCUUACUGCAUCUUCGAGGUGGACGCCAAAGAUGCUCGCCGUCUCGUGGGAGCCAAGCGGUCCGAGCUGGAGGGGACGCACGGGAUGGUCAAGCUGACGGACGCUGAUGUGAUCCAGCGGAUCAGCAAGGAGGAAUGGAGGCUCCACUGCCGCAGGAGGACGCGUGGAGCAGAGGAGUCGACGCUCCUCAUCCAAAACCUCCUUGACACCUUCAGAGGGCCCGCAGGACACAACACGCUGAACAUCCCGUUGCUAAACGCUCUCCGCAUCCAGGACAUCUGGGACACGCAGAGGCGCCACCUCAGCUGCAUCCAGGACCCCCCUGGCAUGCAGCUGUACACCCAGACGGGCAGUCUGCAAAAAGGAGGGGUCAGGCUGCCCGUCUAUCGCUGCGCGAGGGGCUCCACUUCCCUGGAGUCCUUCCAUCUCCACCUGAACCGCUUCAUCCCAGGAACGUCGGCCAGUGCCAAGUACUUCCAGGCGUUCCUGAUUGAUGGACUGGUCAGGUGGAACGAGGACCGCGCAGCGGCAGCUGAGGGACACGAGGCGCCUCUGCUGUCCUACAGUGGCCACCUCAGGCACACCUUUAACCAGAAGAGCCAAAGGGUGUUUGGUCAUCAGAUGGUUAAGGACUUCACCAAGCCUGCUGCUUACACAGGUGAGCUCAUCGGGGUGGACUACCUGUUCCAGCAGACGGGCCGCGUGCUUGAGGACAUCAGCAUGGACCCUGACGCUCCGGACGAGGCUGCUGCCGUCACCGACCUGGACGAGGGCACACAGGAGGACGUGGGCGACUACGUCGCCGCCUUCGUCCUUGACGACCCGUCCACCAGCACUUCAGGAGCAGCCCGGUCAGGGGAUCCAGCUGUCGCACCCGGGUCUGAGCCAGCACAUCCUGCCGCCCCUGCGCAUCACGCCCCUCCCGAGGUCCCUGGAAGCCAGACUCCUGAAGAGAAACACUCCUCUGAUUCAGAGGAGGAGAUCCAGGGUCCUGACGGCCAGACAGGAUACCAGCAUGUCCUGAAGCUGGCUCAGGCCCUGGUGGAGCUCAGGAGUCUCCAGGGACUGUCUGACAGCAGGGUAGACAGACUCAUCGCGCUUUGGCAACGCCUGCCAGAUCGUGACAAACGACGGAUCGUCUACCCUAGCAGAUGCCGGGAGAGGCUAGACGCCAGCCGUGUGGUGGAGGCCAUGUGCAGCCAGCUCUGCCGUCUGCACCCUGCGGCCAGUCGCGUGGACGGGGUCAGCAGGUCACGCUGGUUCCUAAUCCGCGACGACUACAUGGCCGUCAGACAGGUGGUGCUGUAUUGCCCGAGGCUGAUGGCUCAGACCCAGCUUCAUCUCUAUGAGCUGAACCAGAAGACCAUCUCUCAAUGGUUCAGCCAUAGACAGAAGGGGUGGGAGAAAGGUGUGCUGGAGCAGGGAACUGGCACCGUUUCUGCUCCAACUUUCUCCCACCAGCCCAUCCCUUCUGUGAAAGGGCUGUCCUCGUACAGGUGGGAAGAGGACAGCCCUUUAAAUACAACCUCCCUGAGGAGCAACAACCUGGUCCCUCCUCCAGGGGACUGCCACCGCCACCACUACCUCCACCUGCUCCUCAUCCCGGUCCCUCUACCAGCUGCAACCUCCCUCCUUCUUCUGCUCAGAGCCUGCGCGCCAUUCGUCCCUUCCCGGGGUCCACUCCGCUGACUCCUCCUGUUGUUUUGCCUAGGACAACAGCAUUUAGAAGGAGGAAGGCAGCGGAGGCUGCUGCUGCUGCUGGCGUGCAGGCUCCACCAUCAAAGACAGCCCGCCAACAGUUCACCUGCAGCAGAUGUGGUCAGCCCAAGCGGCUGGACACUGGCCACACCCGCAUUGCAGGUGUGUCCUACUGCGCAUCUGUUGGCGGGAAGUCUGUAGAGGAGUGGAAGAAGGAGAUGAAGAGCAAGACUGGAGGAGGGCCCGAAAAACAGUGACUUUUUGGGACAUUUUCUUCUUUUUUUUUCAAUUUUGGAACUUGUAAAUAUUGUAAAUAAUUUUUAGAUGUUUUUAUUAUUGUGAUUUUCAGUAUUAAAAUGAUACACACUUUAAA